UUUUUUUUUUUUUGAGGAAAGAAAAGAAACCCGCCGGCAUUCGCAGUCAGAUAAGUAUGGUAUAACAUUUUUUUGGGGGACACUUUUGAUAAACUGCAUCACAUCCGAGUGAAUACAGUCCCGUCCCCCAACCACCACCUCCACCACCACCACCACUUCCCUCCCCUCUCUCUCUCUCUCUCUCUCUCUCUCUCUCUUCUGGAGAGGGAACAUCUUCCGAAAUGACUUCAGUUAAAGUGUGGAUUCUCUGACUUGACACGACGCGAGUGCUGUCCUGUCGUGUUCCUCUGUUUAGAAACGUCAAGACUUUUCAUACACCGUUUUAAAACUGUUCUUCAUCUUGUAUAAUUUUAUCACAGACAUUUCCCAGAAGCGUAUCUGCCUUAUCCAAGCGGCCAGGCUUCAAGAGGAUGGCGGAGGCGAAUAAAACGGUCACUUAACGGAUUUUGUUCAUCGACGAGAAGGAUUUUGUUGUUGUUCUUGUUCUUGUUCUUGUUGUUUUUCCGCCUCUUCAUGGCUGGAUUGUGUAUAUGAAAGGGGCUGUGGCGGUUUUUUUUUUUUUUUUUACAGCGACUUGAGUCUGGAGACACCCGAAAACAAGCAGUCGGCUAAUCUCCAUUCUUAUAGCGAGACCCACUGAAGGGGACUGGAAGUGAAGAAGAAAAGAUAAAGUGGUCCACGGAGACUAAGGUGCUACCUACCUGGGGCAUCAUGUACUUCUCAGUGGGAUUGCAUCUGCUAUGGGCAUUAGUGUUGAACUUUGGGCGUGGCACACUGGGGGGCAUCCUGUACCGUGUGCGUGAAGAACAGCCGCCAAGCACCCUGAUAGGCAGUCUAGCGGCUGAUCAGGGCUUACCUGACUCUGGACAUCUGUACAAGCUGGAGGUGGGCGCCCCUUACCUGCGGGUGGAUGGCAAAACAGGGGAAAUAUUCACCACUGAGAUCCCCAUAGACAGAGAGACGCUGAAGGAUUGUCGGAUGAAAGGAAAGCCAUGCUUUCUGGAGUUUGAGGUGUCUGUCACGGAUCUCAUCCAGAAUCAAAGCCCCCGGCUGAUUGAGGGACGGAUUGAGGUGCUUGACAUCAAUGAUAACACCCCACAGUUUCCCUCACCUGUCCUCACUCUAUCUGUGCAGGAGAACACUCACAUGGGAGCCACCUUCUCCAUCCCACUGGCCACUGACAAAGAUACAGAGCGUAACGGUGUAGCCGACUAUACCCUCACUGCUGGACCAGAGGCUGUUGCACUCUUUGGCCUACAAGUGGCAGAUGACAGGGGUGAGAAAUUGCCUCAGCUCAUUGUGAUGGGAAACUUGGACAGGGAGUUGAAAGACUCCUAUGACUUAACCAUAAAAGUAGUGGAUGGGGGAAGCCCACCUCGCUACAGUAGUGCCUUGCUAAGAGUCGUCGUCACUGAUGCCAAUGACAAUGCACCUAAGUUUGAGAAAUCGUCCUACGAAGCAGAGGUUUCAGAAAACAGUCCUGUUGGACACUCUGUAUUACAGGUCAAGGCCAAUGACUCAGAUCUAGGUCCAAAUGGUGAAAUUGAAUACAUCAUUCAUCAAGCCAGUGAUCCAGUGCCAAAGCUGCUACAGAUUGACCGUUCCACAGGCAUCAUAUAUGUAAAAGGCCCGUUGGAUCGUGAGGAGAUCAACAGCUUGAAGUUUCACGUUAUUGCACGGGACAAAGGUCCCUCACCUAAAAGCUCAACAACAUAUGUUUCUGUUGAGGUAACUGACCAGAAUGACAAUGCACCAGCUGUGGAGAUCCGUGGUAUUGGUCUUAGGACCCAUAGCGAUGGGGUGGCAAACAUCUCAGAGGACAUGCCAGUGGGCACUGCGGUGGCACUGGUGCAAGUGUCAGAUAAGGAUGAGGGAGAAAAUGCUGUGGUGACCUGUGUGGUAGCAGGAGAUGUUCCAUUCCAGCUUCGACCAGCUGGCGAUUCCUCUAUUGAUAACAAGAAGAAAUACUUUCUGCAGACCACCACACCUCUGGACUUUGAGCGAGUCAGGGACUACCGGGUGGAGAUAGUAGCUGUGGACUCAGGCAACCCAGCUCUGUCCAGCACCAACUCCCUGAAAGUCCAAGUGACUGAUAUUAAUGACAAUUCUCCCAUAUUCUCACCCCCGGUGUUUGAAAUAGAGUUUGCUGAAGAGAACCAGCCUGGAGAGAAGGUUCUCGAUGUCAUUGCCGUGGAUGCAGACAGUGGCACAAACGCAGAACUCAUCUACAGCAUUGUUGCAGACUCCUCAACAAGGGGGCUCUUUGAGAUUGACCCUAGCACAGGUGAAGUACGAGCAAGGAGCCCACUUGACCGUGAGCACAAAGAACGUUAUGAGUUCCGGGUUACUGCUGCCGACAAAGGUGUUCCUAGCCACAGGGGUACUGCUACUGUUGUUAUCAAAGUACUGGAUAGGAAUGAUAAUGAUCCCAAGUUUAUGCUUAGCAGCUACAGUUUCUCUGUCCUCGAGAACAUGCCGCCACUCAGCCCGGUCGGCAUGGUGACUGUAUUAGAUAUGGAUAAGGGAGAAAAUUCCCAAGUGCAGCUCUCUGUCGAACCAGAUGUUGGAAAGUUUGUAGUACAGAAUGGCACAGGAACAAUCCUGUCAAGUAUAUCAUUUGACCGGGAGAAAGAAAGCAGCUACAGUUUCCGACUCAAAGCAGUAGAUGGAGGAGAACCCCCUAGAUCAUCUUAUGUUGGUGUGACCAUCAAUGUACUCGAUGAGAAUGACAAUGCACCUGUUAUCACCAAACCUUCCAAUUCUUCUUUCACACGUCUGUCUCCCCUGGCUGCACCUGAUAGCGUCGUCGAGGUGGUAGAGGCAGAAGACAUGGACUCUGGCUCCAAUGCUGAGCUGGUCUAUAAUAUUGCUGGGGGGAACCCCCAUGAGCUCUUCUAUAUAUCUCCGUCUGAUGGAGAGAUCAAACUUACCAAGGAACUCACUCGGAAACAUGGAGGUCUGCAUCGAUUGGUCGUUAAAGUGAGUGAUAGGGGUAAGCCUUCUCGCCAUGCCAUUGCCUUGGUGCACAUUUAUGUCAAUGAGACCAUUUCCAAUGUCAGCCUGGUGGAGGGUCUAGUGGGACAUAGCUUAUACACUCCACUGGACACCGACAUUGCGGGUGACCCUGACUAUGGUCUAGCUGCUCAGAGAAGCAACAUUCUCUAUGGUAGUUUGGCUGGUGUGGCAGGAGUUGUCAUGGUGAUCAUAGUGGUAGUCUUCAUCAGACAUCGCCUCCAAAGAGAAACCAAGAGCGGCUAUCAAGCGGGCAAAAAGGAGACCAAGGACUUGUAUGCACCCAAACAAGGACCAAAGAGCAUUAAGGGUAAAAAAGGAAGAAAGGGAAAGCCUCCAAAAUCACCCAAACCUCUUGGAGAAGAUGAAGAGGUCAGCCUCCAAAAGAGUCUGAAGUUCAACAUUGAUGGGGUUAACGACAGCCCUCGGAUCCACCUGCCCUUGACCUACCCGCCUGGCAGCCCUGACUUGGGCAGGCAUUACCGUUCAAAUUCACCCUUGCCCUCCAUUCAGCUUCAGGCCCAGUCUCCAUCUGCUUCCCAAAAGCAUCAGGCUGUCCAGGAGCUCCCUGCCACCAAUACCUUUGUGGGAACAGAACGAGAUGACAACUCUACUGGUUCUGACCAGUAUUCGGAUUACAGCUACAAGACCAAUCAGCCAAAAUACAGCACAAAAUCGCUGCCGCACCGCAGAGUGACGUUCUCCACGGCCAAUCCGGUGCAGGACGCUCAGGACUCGUCCCAGCAGAGUUACUAUGACAGCGGCCUGGAGGAGUCGGAGACACCCAGCAGCAAAAGCUCGUCAGGGCCACGCCUCGGCCCGCUGGCACUGCCUGAGGAACACUACGAGAGAACCACGCCCGACGGUAGCAUCGGAGAGAUGGAGCACCCUGAAAAUGAUGUUCGGUCGCUUCCCGACGUGGCCAUGACGGGAACCUGCAGUCAGGAGUGCAGUGAGCUCGGCCACUCGGACGCCUGCUGGAUGCCUGGUCAGCCUUCACCCGCCCGCAAAGCACGCACGCUGCCCAAACUCUCCACCUUCGUGCCUUACCAGGAGAGAGGAGGGACCCUGGGACGACUGGCCAAUGGCGAGCCCCGGCCCCGCCUCCCGCCCUCGCGCAGUGCCUACGCCCCCAGCGACCACGCCCCCAGCGAUCACGUCCCGAUGGAGGAGGUGCCUCUGAGCGUCACCUCCGAGUUCCCGCCCACCAGUCCCACCUCUAACCACGCCCCCAAACGGGAAAUAUACCUGUGAACGAAGCGGCGAUUGACCUCUCCACUGAGGAAUGGAAUGAAAAUAUCACUCGAAUAGCAAAUUCGGGCUGUUAGUGAACUUUAAAAAAAAGUGUGGUAGAGUUGUACGUUUAUUUAUAUUUCUAUUUAUUUAUUCACCUAUGAAUUCAUCUAUUUAUUACCGUGAGCUUUUUUUUUUCUUUUUCUUUUUUCACCUCCCCUCCUCCUUCUCCAUGAACCAUGAUGAAAGCGCUCGAAGACUUUCUGAGUGACUUUAGCUUCGCUAGCCUGUGGAAUGUUUACCAGAUCUUUCCGAACAGUGUGACCUGUGCUGUAGUGCCAUAAGCCUGAAGCUCUCGCUCGGCUUCUUCUUCUCUGAGUCUCCGCUACUUCCUGGACCGGGAGUCGCGAUGGAGUGGUCUUAGUACAUGUACAGCGAUGUAAAUACAUUUCUAUGAUGUGUAUAUGUGAAUAUGAGGAACAGGCUUGAGCUGAGAUCAAAAACAAAAAGAAAAAAAAUGGUACAUUCCGAAAUCUAUCAGCCUGAGGAGCAGGUGUUGGUGCUUCACCGUCAGCUCCACUCCAGCUUAAGUCUGUGUUUGUGUGUGUGUGUGUGUGGGUGGGUGUGUGUGUUUGCUAGGCUUGCUAGACUUCUGGAACUGCUGUAUAUGGGAUACAAGUCGCUGCACACUAUCACAUACUUAACCAGUGUGUGAGUGUGUGUGUGAGUAUGCGUGAGUGUGUGUGAGCAUGUUUGGCACUGUGAACUCUAAACUCCACCCAGAAGGCAGGUAACGCUUCUCUAACACACACAGCCUGUUCCUUUACAAGUGAGGCGAGCUGGAAAGGCUUUUCUUUCGGGAAAGGAAAAAAAUCUGCACUGAGCCUCUGUGGCAUCUCAGCAGGAUUACGGGACCGGACCUACCGACUGUCCCGUCCAUCACAGGGCCUCACCACAUGGCUGUUCUUCAUUUUUUAACGUAUCCUUUUUAUCAUCGUCACGGCCUCGUGUUCUGAAACCUGUUUAGGUCUCAAGAACGUUUUUUCAAUGCCUUAAAAAAAAGAUAUUUGUAUCUAACAAUCAUAAUCGUUGAGUUCGAUUGAUAAUCUCGCCUGACCUCACGAGCAUGUCAGUGGUGCAUGUGUUUCCAGUCAGGAGUGACUCAAAGGUCACAAGCGAAAUGACAUGAAAUGAAACGAAAUUGCCUCAAUCUAUUUAUUCAUUCUUUCAAUUUCCACUGACCCAGUGUCCUUUCUCUAAAUUGGACUGAUUUCUGAAGGCAACUUAUUAGCAUAAACAGCUGGACAGUGCAGUUACAGGGAGGACUGCCCUUUUUAUGUGUGAUUACGGUAAUGACACGACAAGUGUGGCUACUUUUCUCCGAAGCAAACUGCAGUCUAACACUGAGUAAUCAUCCGAGUGGUGCCGCUAAGCCCAGGAGCGUCACGGUGCGUUACGAUAUCUUCAUCACUACGCUAACGUGACCUCCAUGGUGCAUGCCAGUGUGUAUGUGAGCGAGUGUGUGUGUAUCUGUGAGCAAGCAGUUGCAGUGCAGUGGCCAUAGAACUAAUUAGAGACUGGUGUGUGUGUGUGUGUGUGUGUGUGUGUUUGUGCGAACCCUCAGAGCUGGGAGACGAUCGCCACACUAACUCACAGCUCCUACCUCAUCGGCGCCCCCUCUGGCACCUUGCAGAGAAUAAUUAACACACAGAACAUAUGGACACGACUGUGAUUCAAUAAGGCGACCCGUUACGGCGCCUUGCGGAAUAAAAGCACAUUACGCUGUUCUUUGAAGCCAUUCCGUGACUGUGACAAUAAAAAAAUACAUAAAUACAGUGAGAGGCAUGAUCUGGUGCAGUUAGCGCUUCUCGUCCGUUUCUCUGUGUGCCCAGCUCUGAUGUGGCUAAGCGCAAGUUCUCUGACCUGAACAUAAAUCGGCUAGACCAUUCUGCUGCCGAGAAUCCGAGUGUGUGUUUAAAACACCACAGGCUGAGACUGCUUUUUCUCGGAAAAAUUCACCCUGAACAAGUCGCAUAUUAAUCUUUAUAAUUAACAACAUCCAAGAUUCAUUUGCUAAUGAAAAUCUGAGUUGACUGUUUCCACUUAAUGGAAUCCUACAUUACCCACAAUGCUGUGUGACUACCUGCUGAUGGUGCAGUGGGAUUUAGCCCUCACUUCAGCUCUACUUAAAGAGAGCGAUGCAGCAGUGCUUUAGUCUUUUAGUCUGUCCAGCUCUCUCACCUCCUCAUCUGUACACUCUGCUCAAACAGAUCAGCUUCCAAAGCUUCAACUCUCAUGCUAAUUACCAUCGCGCUCGUAUGUCACUAACUAGCCGAGCUGAGUCUCUGCUGAACACAUCACAUAUAUUUCAAUAUAAACACGUUUCAUGUUUCAGGGUGGAGUUUUCCUUGAAGAUUUCCUGACACUGAAUUAAAGUCAGAAUUUCUGGGUUCGACUUUUUUCCACACUGACCUGAGACGUUUCGAAUCACGGGUUCGAUCUUUUGCGAAUCCAGCCUCUUCUUCGGGGCAAGUCCUUUAGGCCGAAUGUGAAAACUCUUUACUCGUCGUCGUUUAUUUAAAAACUGGUGUUUAGACAUGUGCUCUCUUGCUGUUCGGUGUCCGUAGCUGAGGAACUAUGGGUGUGAUACAGUCGUGGUGAGAGAGGAAAGUUUUUAUUUCAUUUCUUUUCCCAAUGAACGCAGUGCUGUUUUGUGGCUAGCAUCUCUAGAAGGUGUUCUGUACAUAGACCUUUCUCCCCCCAGUGUGUGCCGUCGGGCUGCGGCCAGUUUAGCAUGAAUUCCAAAGAUAAUCGGUAGAAAUCGUUUGCUGUUCUUCGCUAAGGUGUUAGUGGUGGACGAGAAAACCUUCUUUUUCCUCUCUCUGUUUCGAAGUGAAAAACUCGAAUCUCACCACACAGCCCCAUCAUCACUAUUCACUGUUCACCCGAAUCUAAAGACAGCUGCCUUGAAAGUAUGUAUUUUACAGGAGAGUUAAAAAAAAUCGUUAUCUUUAAUUGUUGGUUAUAUUUAUAUAGGAAUAAAAACUGCUUGUGAUGCCCUGUUUUUUGUACAGUUUUAUGUACAUGCAAGUGAAGCUUUUUAAAUCUCGCGACAAAAACGCUGACGGCAUAUAAAAAUCGUAAAAAAAAAAAAAAGUGUUUAUUGAGACGUGCACAUCUUUGCCUUGGUUGAGUUGAUUCUUUGGCUGAGUCGGUGUGAAUGUGGCCGUUCUAUGCCUGCACCAUAGUCGUUUCACUGGCUCCCACUUCCUGAGGGCUUCAUCUGAAACUCUUUUCUGCGUUUAUCGUGAACAGUGGGCCGUCCGAUCCUCUCCGUUCGUUUGAUUCCCGCGUGUUAUGUUUCAUUCUGUUUUCCGCAUGUUGAGAAUAUACCCCUUGUAAUAAGUCCUUCUUGGAAAAAAGAGUUUGUAAUAAAAUGAGUAAAGAGAAAUGAACAUGCCUGUUGAGUCAUUGUUUAUGGGUGAAAGCAAGACCUUGAUUUCUGUGCAUUAUGUAAAGAAUAAAAUACUCAGUGUCAUGCUGUUAAAGGAAACUAAUCGACGGUGGGGUGGUGCGACAGGAGGCGGAUUAUUUUUUUAUAACAGCACGUCCCGAAGUGUGUUAUUCUUCUUAUACAGCAGCAAUCUGCCAAUGAUUAUAAUUUUUUUAUUUCUUUGCUGAAAGACACACCAUACUUUUUAUCAGUUUACAGUUACAUUUAAUGGUGUUCAGUGGGGUUGAGGUCAGGGCUCUGUGCAGGACACUCAAGUUCUUCCACUCCAUGUCUUCAUGGAGCUCGCUUUGUGCACAGGGGCAUCGUCAUGCUGGAACAGGGUUUGAGCCUCUUAGUUCCAGUGAAGGGAAACUGUAAUACUACAGUAUACAAAGACAUUCUAUACAAUUGUGUGCUUCUAACUUUGGGGCAACAGUUUUGGGGAAGAACCACGUAUGGGUGUGAUGAUCAGAUGUCCACAUACUUUUGGCCGUAUAGUGUAUAUCAUAUAAAAUAUAUGCUGCUGAGCAGCAACAACAAAACAACAUAAAAAUUUUUUCCAGGUAUCAUGGCAUCUCGAGCUGAGAUCAUGGGUUUGGGUUUUACUCUGGCCAGACCCUGAUGGAAGCUGAAGAGCAAAAUGUUAUAUUGAGUUUGAGGAUAGUGAGCAGCUCUUAUGUCUGGAAGUAACCCAACCCCAAAUGUCCAUCAAUAUUAAUGCACUUAGAUAACAGAUUGUCCCAGCAGCACUGAGCCGAAGAUUGGAGAUGGAAUAGGAAGUGUGUUUUGAAAAGGCAGAGGGUGGGAUAUUAGGCCAAAGAUCUCACAGCCCUUGACAGCACAAUAAAGACGAUGCAGUAAAGAUAAUGCGGUGCAGAUAAAAGACAAUAAAUCAAUCCGCCUUUUAUAUGCCGCUGGAGGAGAUGCCACCUCGCAUGAACAAAUGAUUGUGUUUGAAGAUGGAAAUAAAUGGCCGUGAGAUGAGAAAGUGAAGCCAUACAGGAGAGAUACAGACAGGUCAAAGAGAUGAGGCAAGAGGAAAUAGCGAGUAAAUGCGACGUGUAGAUGAAAAUAUGCAUGAGAUGAUGAGGAGCAGUGGGUCAUACUGCCCCUACCUGUUAUCAGGAGAACAGCAGCUGAGGGAUUACACAUUAAUCUCAGUGCAGAAGAUUAAUGAAUCUAAUGCAACGACUUUCCUCUGGGGUUCAAUUUCACAUUCUUGGCACCAGUGGUGUGUUAGGAUAAUGAUCAGAUUAGACUGAUCAAAUGAUAAAAACAGAGUCUGUGUCUCAAAUUGCAGAAAUGCCUACGUGACUGCAAGAAAGAGGAUCAGCCACAUGAAGUGUACUGUUAUUACAAAAAAAAUGUGUGAAAGCAAGACACAUUAUGGACUUAACAGGAAGACUGGAACAAUUGGAGGCCAUGUUUUAUGCACCAAGCAAUGUUUGGAAUAGAAAUUUUGGGUGGAUGUUUUGGUGGGGCGGUAGUCAUAACCGCCAGUGCCAAGUCAAGGUCAAGUCAAAUGAAACGAGACUAAAAACGAUCAAAUCCUUUUCAAGGCAAAGCCUUUACUUUGACUAGUUGGCUUCAUUUGUGCAUUGCACCAAUUAUUAGGCUGUUUUCUAGAAGAAGAAAUUACAUCCUGUCAAACAUCGUGCAUGUGAAAUGAAAGGACAAUAAGAACAGUAUCGUUUACAAACUCUCAGUCGAGACUAACACCAUAUUUAGUGAGACAAGUCAGAGACAAUUCCAAGUUCAUACAGAAAACUUCUUGAGACCGGACGCGAGUCCUACAGCCCAAUUUCAGGUUGUAAAAUGUAAAAUUAGUGUUUGAUAGGACUGAACAAAAUCUUAUAUCACAAUAUGGAUAAUUUCAUUUCUUAAAACAAUAUAUAUAGUGGGGUCCAAAAGUCUGAGAGCACUAGUGAAAAUGCUUCUAUUUUGCAUUCUUUCAAUUUAAUACAACAGUUUUCCUUAUAAAUUAUAUUAUCGACAACAACUUGAGUGAAAAGUAGAAUCUUUGAAAUAUUUACAUGAAAUUCAGAGUUUCUUAGUAUUCGGUAUGUGUCCUUUCUUGCUUUAACGACAGCAUGCACUGGAACUGGCACGGACUCCACACAUUUGUGCGAAAGCUUAUGAUCCAUUUUAGAUCAAAUCCAUUGGAGUGUCGUCUGAUUACACGCUUCAGUAGAAAAGAUUAGACAUGAGGAAAAUUCUGUAGAAAGCAGUUAACAUGGUCAAUAUCACACAUUUGUUUACAUUUAAAAAGGGACCUAGAAUAGUGCAGAAUCUUGAAUAUUAAACAUUCACGAUAUUAAAAAUUUAUUUCUUUGUUUAUAUGUUGCAAAAUUGAAAACCUUUAAAAACCUUCUGUUUAUUUACAAUUUUAAAUGAAAAAAAAAAUCUCAGAUUUUCGAUGUGGUCUCAGACUUUUGGACCCCACUGUAUAUCUAGGUAUAUUACGUUUUUCUCUAAAAUUAAUGAAAAAAAAUAAUAAUAAUAACUACAUGCAAAAAAAGGGAAAAUAAAUAAAGACCCAAAUAAUAGCGAGACUUGAAUAAUAUGUUUUACAUGCAGUGUUACAAAAAAAAACACUACAGCUCAUAACCAAAACAUUCGCCAAAACUUCCAUUUUGUUCAGGACAAAAUUGUGCAACUUAAGUUUGUAAGAAGAGGAUAAGGGUUUCACAUUAUAACUAUUUCCAGAAAUUCAUAUACGUCAUAUAAUCCUUUCACUUGGUCUAUGUUAAUCCACUGAACCAGCAUAUGCUUGCCGUAUGAUAUUACAUUACAUUUUAGCAUGUCAAUUAGUUUUCUGAGAAACUGAAACAUAAGACUGGAAAGCACACGGGAUCUUUUACUUGUCUGGUGGGCUAGCUAAUGAAUUUAGGAUUUGUCCACCCCUGUAUUAAUACCCCACAAAAAUCCAGGUACCUGGGGUCUGAAUUUGUAGUAUAUAGUCACUGCAUUGUCAACUGAUCAGUUGCAGUCUGGAAGCAGCAAAGUAUUUCAGAUCAAACCGAACAACAGGAAAAAACUACGAUGUAUGGAGACAAAAAUCUGGCAGCAAAUCCAUCAUGGCUUGUUGUCGCCUUUUUUUUUUUUUUUGACUUUGAUACCUUCAUUUGUUAUUCCUUCUCUGGCCUGAGUAGUGAACUGACAACAUGGCUCAUGCUAAUUUUUUUUUUUUUGUACAAAGUAUACAUCUCAUCAGUUCAGAAGGCACGGCACUAGUCAAAAUUAGUAAUGUGAAAUUCCAGUAUAAAACAAAGAAACCACUUAGAAAUGUCUUUAUAACACUGAACCAGUCAUGAAUGUUAAGCAUUAAAAGAUAAAUAUUAUCUCCACUCAGUCAUAAUUGAGGAAUAUAAGAUAACAGGACUUUUACAAGUUUUACUCGAAUACGAGUUGAUAUAGAGUCUUAUGCUCUCGUGCUGGUGUGUUCAUUUCUGUCUGAGAUGCUCUCACUGGUGGAACUUGCAUGCAUUGUGCUAAUCGGUGUGCUCAUUUGGUAGAAGGAUGUCUUCUCCUGUUUGUCUUUUGCUUCCUCCUCUCCCUGAAGGUCAUGCUUUUUUAAAAAGGCGCUUUUGAUUGAGCCGGUGUCAGUGGCACAUGUGUUGUUUAGAGGAGAUUUGGAGUUUUGUUCUUUUGCUCUAAGACAAAAACUUGCCCUUGGGCUACGGUUGCUGUUGAUCCAAUGGUUGCUGUGGCAACCUUUCUCUCUCUCACUCUCUCUCUCUCUAUGUCUUUCCAUCACCCACGCACACACUCUCGCUUGCUCGGAGAUUAGAGCCUGCAUGCCUUGUAGCCUGUGCGCCAAUUAAAACCGCUGUUUCCUGCACACAUCGUUGCAUUUCCUGUCUCUAUGAUAAACACGUACAGUUCGUAGUAAAAAACAGGACGGGGAAAAAUGUAGAAUAAAUUGCGUGAUGAAAAUGUGUAGGUUGAUGAUGAAAUUUGCGCCCAAGGCCUUGUUAUAUUCAUCUACAAUGCAUUAUGCUUACUUAUACAUAUGUGUUAUCACAUUUCUUUUUCCAUUUUUUCGAUUUCUGCGCUCGCACUUCAGCACGACUGAAGAGUUUCAGUGAGAUAGAUUUUCAUUACUGGGUUUACCCCUGAAGCAACCGUCAGAACAAGACUACAUCUGGGGUAAGUGGAUCACUGUGUAUAUUUUAUACAGUAGCACUGUUGAAUUCUGGAUUCUGAUUGGUUGUUUUUGUUUCUAUAACAGCAGCUCUGACAGUAGCUGCAAAUUCCAGGUUUAUAUUAGUGCGCUUGUUUUAAUAGGUUAUCGUUUCUGUGCUAACAGCUCAUUCACAGAGACUUGUACAGUGGACGCUACACAUAAAGGGAUAAAAGAAAUCAUUGGUAUGGUGACUUUCUGUAAGAUGUUUAUGUAAAAUUUAUGGAAGGACUCUCCAGUGUCAUGACAUUAUAACAGUCAGAGGUAUAACUUUAAGUUUUCUGACAUCUUCAGAACAGAACAGGUUGCACUUUGCAGUUUCUCGGUAACAUGACAAGCUGCGUUUUUUUACGUCUUAUUACAUCAAGAGAAAAAAGAGAAGCUAGUGAAGAACGACUGUUUAUAGCUGCUAUAACGUAAGUGAGAACAGGAAUUAACUGUUUCGUGGGCAUUCGACAACAUUAAAUGUAACUAUAAACAGAUAAAAAAGUACCUGUUCUUCCUUAGUAAAUAAAUAAACUUAAUCAUAAGCAUAUCGCUGUGGUAUAAGAGGAAUAAAACACUUUGGAGUGGUAACAGUAACUCUGCUUCAUCACACCACUCCAUCACUGGUUAUUUUCAUAAAGAUUCUCCUCCUCUUUAUUCCUCAAGCACAAAUUUAAAAAAUUACACUGCUUUAAAGAAUUGCUUAAAUCCUAGAAAUGAAUCUCGUUUUCAUCCGUUUGUAUUUCCAUCUUCCUUAUUGACCUCAUAGACUAAAGAUUUGAAAGUAAUGACUGUUAAAAUUAAAUUAAAGAGGAUGUGAGUGAAGUCAUUAAUUAGACUGCAGAGCAUCUUCAACUUCAUAAUAGACACAUGCAAACUUUGCAACUUUGCACACUGCGAGUCUUUUCACUUCUCUUUGUCUUUGUCUCACAGACGCACACACACAUCAUUUUCUUUUUUUUCAUUUUUCAAAGGCAAGAAUGUGGUCGUCUCUUGCUCAAUGGUGUCUAUGAAACAUCUCACUAACUCAUUUAACACUCUAUUGCCUCGCACCUGAACUCAAUCUUCGAAUCAUCUCUGAUCCAGAAAUACCUGAGAGCCAUCCAUCAGCACUGACAAGGACUCACACACACACACACACACACACACACCUGCAUUUUGACUCAUAGCAAAGACACUGCAGAAUCUACAGACGACCCGCUCAUGUGCAUUCUCACUCACAUACAUGAUCAAUGAUCCGAAACAGACUUCAGCCAUCAUCUGUGGGAAACAAAGGAGAAAAAUAGAAACACUGAAUAUAUUUUAGUUUGUUUUUCACUUCCUCAUCCAAGGCCUUCUCCUGAAUAUUUGAUAAAAGCAGUCAAUAUCUCUUAAAACAAACAAAAGAAAGGAUUUCUGAAGACUCAGCUAAAUGCCGCAGGUCUUGAAGGAGCAGCCAUUAAAAAUCUCUCGCCUCUUAUUGUUGAUGUUGGCAGCUAAAAGCCAGUGUGUGUGUGUGUGUGUGUGUAUGCACACACUGCACAGCCCAUUAAGACAGGAUUACAUAAAUCACAGCGACGCGAGUGAGACUGCGGGAGCGCCGGGGCGUCCGGGAAAGCUCACUCUUCCUGCUCCCAGCCCACCCACUUAAAGCUGCUAAUUUGCUUCUCCAAAUCCAGACAUGACAACUUCGGAUUAAUUUAAUUAACCACAAUUUAGCAUCCGAAGGGAAUCAGAAUGCUUUUGGAAAGUGGACUCAUGUCUAGUCAGCUGUUUGGUUCUUCAAACUUGUUUACUCCUGGGGUUAUGGGACAAGGGGAAAACCGUCCCCCAAACAUUCUUGUGGAGUUUGUUGUGUCACACUCCACAAGAAUAAUGUUUAGAGCUGUGCAUUGAGCAUUAGAGACAAUGAAAGAUGGGAAAACCCUAACGUGACCAAAAUUGGUAAAACCAAAAAUGGCAAACGCGAGAAUUCACAAGAAUGUGUAAAAUUAUACCGAGGUGGAACUACUGCAAAAUUAAACUCCAAACAUCAUAAAAAAGAAAUUACAGAAAAUAACAAACUGAUCAGCAGCUGUGUUAAACAGAGUCCUAGCAUAUUCAUAACACAUGCAAAACACACACAAUGGACAUUCAAGCUGUGACAUUAGCAUUUUUAAAAAUGUGUUUUCCCAUCUGCAAGAAACCAGUGAAAAGUUUACAAAGUUCUCCACUGUGGAGGGUGUUUUUGAAACGCAUUUCAUGUGGAUUCAAAGGCAAAACACAGAGGAAAAAAAAAAAAAAACAAUGUUUACAAAAAUAUCUAUAUAUGAUUGGACAGGACCUGACGUUUUGUAUAAGCUACAUACUGCAGAGGUGCCAACAUUUAUGGUUUAGCCAUGGUUAAGUGUUUUGACCUGGUCCUACAGUGAUACUGGAGACACAUACACAAAAAACAAGUUAAACAGUGAUCAGAGCAAAAACGCAAACAAAAUUCACCGGGAGUAAAAACUGGUUAAUUGAAGAGAAAAACUUUAUCUAUGUGAAAUUCGCAACUCUCGAUCAUUUUCUAUUAAACCAGUAUAAAACUAGAAGGCAGGGCCCCUGGUCCCUUUGUUUGGAAUGGAAAGCCUCGCUUUUUCUUAUCGUUGCUUGAUGCACAUCUGAAAAAAAAAUUAGCUGAAUAAUGUUACCACAAGAUUGUUUAUAAAAUAACAUGCUUUUAACAAAUGUGCAAGGUUGGCUGUGUUGUUUAACGAUAGCGCACAACAUUUCCCCUCCGUCCGCGCCAGCAGAGGUCACAAUCACCAGAAUAGUAACAUGACCCCUGACAUGCACUUCCUGGUUGCUUCCUGGUUUUCACAAUAUAAGCACAUGGGGUCUUUGCAAAGGCAAAGUAAGUACUGAGCAUUUUUAAUAUAAAAGAACAUGUACCUUUUAAAGGUAACCAGUUAAACCCUAAUUAUUUUGAAUAUUGUUUGAUUUAGAUGUUACAUGUUUGGCUGCAAACUAGUUUCAUUCUCAGAUUAGCAGAGCAAGCUACCUGUCCUAGCUAUGUACACUCACCAACAGCAACCUUCUUUCAAAAUGCUUUAUUUUUCUUUAUGCACAUUUAAUGAGUUGUUUUUCUUUCAUUUGUGCGUAUCCAACAGUAAGUGGGAUCUAAUUGCAGAUUAGUUGUGAGUUGGGAACUAAAGAAAUGUCAGACCACGCGCGACACAGGAUUGGUCCAAGGAAACAUGUGAACCGUCUGUUUGUAUUUGUGGCUUUACCUAAUUUGUUUAGAGUUGUGAAAUUAUAUUUAUUUAAUUUAUAUUUCAAUUGUCUCUGAAAUUGUGUCGCCCACAUACGUAGAAUAUAAAUGCUCACGUCAUUUUGCUGCUUGCUAGAGUUAAUGUAGGGUUAAUGUUUGUUACAUCCAAUUUUCAACUUGUCUAUCAAGAUCUGUAUUAAACCCAUCACAUUUGACAUCAGGGUUGAAUGUUACAGCUGUGCGUCAUCUAUAUUUUCUAAAUUGCUUCAUAAUUUUACCUUAGAAAAAUUAUUUUGUGUACCUGUUUUAGUGGACAGUUAUGUAUCAGUUAUUGAAUAGUAAAUCAUCAUCUUUUCAGUCAUGGACAGUUAACUGUUAACACUCAUGUGGAUGCUUAUGAAUCCGAACACUUCUGCAGAUUGCAGUUAAAUAUCAUUUACAUUUGAUCAUUUCUGCUGUUCCCAUGAAGCCGUCCGGUCCACUGAUAUGGCGAUAUGGUAAUUUUUCCCCCUCUGCCUGUUAGGAGAUUUCUUGUUAGUGAUGGUGGCACCUUGGAUAUUGCAUUAAUGUGUAUUUUUUCACUUUUCUCAGGCACAAAUCCUUACCUGAGAAUGAUCUAAGUCUGUGAAUCAAUUAAAUGUGUUACCUUGCAUUCACACUAGCAAGCAGCAAGUCACUAUCAGUUUCUCUCUUGUGGUUGUAUUGUUACUUGGUAGGUGGGGUAAGAAAUGGCAGAAAUGUAAAUGCAGUGUGCUGUAUUAUUCAUACACACUGACAUUUUACUUUUGUGUUAAGUGUAGUUUAAUAUUAUGAUAAAACCUCAGUGUACACAAUCUUUCACAUGGAGAGAUCUCCAAAUCUCACUUUUCUCAUGAGAGUUAGAAAUAACCUGAUAACAAACAUAUGGUGGUUGCUACAGCAAUAAGAAAAAAAGAGAAAUAAGAGAUGAAUUUGGAGGAAGGAUUUGUGGUGUCACUGGAGCAAGAAUUGCCUGUUCUGCAAGGAGAACUGGAGGUAUAGGGAAAUAUAGCUAUUUUUGAACUAUGCACUAUCAGGAAUCAUGCUGUAUUUGCAUUUUAUUUAUUUUUUUUUAGUCUUUGAUGUUCAUAAUCACUGAUUGUGUAUGACCUGCCAAAUAAUUUCUUAUAGAAACAUUAUUAUUGUGUUUGUAUUUUGCCUUCCCACACAUAUAAAUGAACGAUAGAACCUGAAUUCAGGAUUUCCUCUUGAACUCUAAUUGGCUGUUGCGCAUCUCUGUUCUUGGUACUUGACGCUACAAAAUUUCAAACAUGCUUAAAAAUAUCAGAGCCUACACGCUAUUUGAGCGGUCACCAUGGGAACACGCAGUGCUUUGUCGCAGAUUCCCAGAAGGAAAUUGGGCUAAAAUUGUGUAGUGUUAAAAAAGGGUUUGUUGUUCUGGUUUAAGGGUGUGAGGAACCACACACUGAUCUGACCUAAGAAAAAUCCAGGCCCUACAUUGUUGAGUGUAUAGUGUAAGAUUAUAGAGUACGAUUUGAGACAGUGCCUGUGUAAUUAUUACUCUUUGACAAUAGGAAGGAGACAGGGAAUAUUGUGUGUUAUGAGUCUGUGAGUCAUGUUUAUUUUCUCUCAUUUCUCACUAUUUUGCACCUAAGAACAAUGUUUCAUUUUGGUUAAUUUUGACUGAUCAGAGCAAUGCCACCUACUCAACAAUCACAGUGCUUCUACAAUAAUCAAGUCUCACGGGCACCGCUGGAGACCGAUCACCUUCCUGUUUCACGAGACAUUCAAUCAGAGACAAUAAUGCUGGAUUGAAACUGCAAUCGUAACACAAGGUCGCGUCGUACUGAGGGGAAGAGUAAUUGGAGAAUGCCAUGGUUUUCUUUCAUAAGUGCUAACCAAUUCAGCCUUACACGCCUUCGCAAUAUUGAUGUGAUGCUCUUUGCUGCCUUGCUUUUGUCUGAUCACGGUCCUGCUUUUGCUUGAACUGCUGCUCUUUCACACACAAUGAGCUGAAAAAAGCGCUCGAAAAAAGGACUUUCGCUUACUUCAGAAAAGAAGUGCUGCAAAAACAUCAUGGCUAUUAUAUACAGCUUUUCCACUGAGCAAUGCACUAUAGCAUGGCAUGGUUACAUAAAGACUUUCCUUUGCUCAUCUCAGGACUCUUAUUUAUAGUACGCUCAUUAGGGACGUAACAUAAUACAAAUACAUUAUUUAAGAUGAACCGAUAAUGUGUUCUAAACAGAUACAAAAUGCUAAAUGCUGUAGGGGCAUUUGUUCAUUUUUGCUUCCAUGCUUUGGCUCCACUCAUCCUCUUGGAUUGAAUCAUCACUGCAGACCAAUCCAAAGUUCUUAUAUCCAGAUGAUGAAACAUUUCUAUCUUAAUGGGCAUGGUCUCUUCCAGGGUGACUCUGCCCCAUCCACAGGGCAUGAGGACUCACUGCAGUCUGAGGCUAUGACCUUCACGCUCACCAGAUAUCGAUUCAGUCGGGAGAUUUUGGAGCAAUGUGUUAGACAGCGCUCUCCACCACCACCACCAUCAAAACACCAACCGAAGGAAAAUUUUUCGGAAGAACAGUCAUUGAUCCAGUACAGUUCCAGAGAUUGACGCCAAGGUGUAUCAUUCGUUGGCAUAAUGUGCAAAGUCUGAGCAAAGCUGUGCAAUAUGAAUGCAGCAGGCUAUUAGAUGAGUACACAUCUGUAAGGUCAUGAGGUAUAAGUGAAGCCCAGGAGAUGAAGCUGUGCUGUAAAGCGCAGGCGUGAAUAAAACGUGCACUGUUUGAUUGGGUUUGUUCAGUUCAGGUGGGUGUUAGAAGGCAGGAAGGUGUUCAGAAUGUUGCCGGAGGGAAGAAGCUUUUUCAGUAAAGGCCCUCAAUGACUAGAUGGUUUUCAGACCUAAUCGAAGUUUCUUCUUUACUAUCCUCUUUACAAACAAACAAAAAAAAAAACAACUUUAAGUGCUCAGUUUAUGACUUGCUAUUGGAUUUUGCUUUCAGCCCAUCGGUUGAUGUUUGUCAGGAACAUACCUGGACAUUCUGCCUUCAGCAUCUUUAGCCUCAGAUACAGCACAGUAGUUCAGAUUUCAGGAACCUCAACGUUUAUAUUUGCAGCAUUCAGCAGAUGCUCCAGAGAGACUCACAGAACUGUACUGUAGUCUCUACUGAAGAAGGAUAGAGCAGGGAAAACUAUAAAAUGUGCAGAACAGAAAGAUUACCAGGAACAGAGAGGGAUCCUGUGGUUUAAAAUGUGUUAUGAAUUUAGUGUUUAGAAUAUUCUUAAUUAUGAAUAAAUUCAUUGUCAUCUUCAGUAAAGAGCUUUAUCCUGAUCAGGGUUGCAGUGGAUCUGUAGUUAAUCCCAGGAGUACACCCUGGAUGGGAUGGCAGUCCAUCUCACACACACACACACUCAUUCACACAUAGGGCAAUUAAAUUAACCAAUCCACUCACCACCAUGUUUUUGGGAGGUGGGAGGAAAGAGAAGAACCCAGAAGAAAUUCCUGCAAGCAUGGAAAGAACAUGCAUAUGCUCAAGAUGAAACCAGGGAUGCUAGGAGGCAGCAACGCUACCCGCUGCGCCAUCUUGAAUAAAAUGUCACAUCAGUUUAUAUGAAGACUUUAAUGCAUGACUUCACUACGGGUGGUGAUGGUUAAUCGCCAUUUAGUGUGUGCGCAGAGAUUUAAAAAUGGGAAAAGUGUAUUUAGUAUUUAUGUAUUUAUUAAUAUCUGUCUCUCUCUGGGAGUGUAGAGACAAGGCCAGUCAUGUUCUUUAGUUUAGUAAAGUGGUGUGCGUUCUAUAUUAUUUGAGGAUUUAGACACGGCUAGCAGGAAUAUGAGUUUGUACUACAGCCUUAUGCAGCGUGUUCCUUUAUUGAUCCUCUUAUGAAUUACAAUUUAUAUCCAGUGCAAACAAUUACACAUGCUGCUGAUUAGACUCGGAGCAGUACGCAUGCUUGCCAUGCAGAUUUUCUAAUCAAUUCAAACCACCUUUCCUUCUCAUAAGACAUUUGGCUGAAAUAUAGAAACACUGAAACACUGGGGAGCUGAAAAAAGUCUUUAGAGGAGUGGAAAGUUUGUAAGAAGCUGCUCUAGCUAUACUGUCACCUAUCACAUCACAAUGUUGAGGAGAGUAUAUUAGGAAUACGUGCUGUUCCUGAGAUCCCUUCACCCUUGCACCCUUUCCUUUCCCAUCAUGCCUGUCAUCCUCUCCUUUUUUUUAGUGGUCAGUUGUUUAGAUCCAAUUUCAUGGUCAAUCAUUCCUUUCUGGUCUGCUAGUCUGUCGUUUGUUUCAUGCUCAUUCCAUUAUUUCUUCUCCCGUUCAGUCAUUUAUUUCCAGGUCUGUGUAAUAGCAUGCUAAAACACUUUUCUUUAUUUUCUUCUUUUUUCCCUAUAGACCAAGAAGCUGUAUAUGGCUAGACCGUUACUUGGAAACUCUGCGUUAAAGAACUUCUUAAACCAAGUGAGAAUAGUUGUCUCAGGAUAACCAGGAAACCUCCUGAGGAGGCUGUCAUAAUGGACAGAAUGAACAGUUGCUAAAGAAAAAAGUGAAAGGCGAGACUAAAAAAAGGAAAACAACAGAGAUGGAUCUUUUGUUGUGGGAGACACAGGGGGUGCAAUUAAAUAUCACACUCUUGGUUGGGGUAAGCAGUUUUAUUGAGAGCUGCAGCCAGGGGGUAUGAAGCAUCAGGCUAAUGGGGAAGAGUGACAUCGUGCUGCUUGGGAAAAAGUAACAGAACAUUUUGAUGAUCGUUCAGUUACAGAAUAUCCCGCUGAUUUUUUUCUUUCCCUCCCCAGAGUGCAUUGGGCUAAACUGUCUCACAUAACCCUGUGCCUUGUGAUGGUUAACCGAGUUACCGUGGUAACUGCCCCAGUGUCUUU